AUUCUAAAUUUUUUCGAUGUUUUAAAAUGGAAUUUGUUAGCAUGGGCGCUAUGGUGCUUACGAGAUUAGAAAAUGAAAUAUAGAAAUGGCAAAAAAAACAUAUGACAUUAAACCAUUUACAUAAUACUACCACGUUGAUAGUAAUAUUGCUCAAAAAAUGCGCCAAUUUUAAUCAUCAGAAUAUAUACAAAUCCCAGUUGCAGAGGAAUGUGUUUCAGCUAUGUUCAGAAGGUUUCUGUAAUAUCAGAUACUCUUAUUAAUGUUGUGGUCUGAACCGCCGUUAGAGUUUUCCCAACCAGGGUUAAAAAUCAAUUAUUUUCGACGUUACUGAUCGGAAUUGACUCUCAUUAUAUUGCCACAAAUAGAUUUAUAAUAAAUGGCAAUAUAAAAACAGAUUCUUUCAUGCAGUGUUCAAAAUUUUCAAAGUUUAAGCGCGAGGCUGAAGGGAAGUAUAGUUUGCCUGCCGUUAACAUAAUGAUAUACCCAGUGAACAAAAAAAUAUGAAUAACAGAAGAAAGCGAUGAUGUAGGAGAGUAUACUAAAUAAAAGAUCAUUGGAUAUACAUGCCCAUCAUAAAUGUCAUUAGAGCGUCUGCGUGUUACCCUUAGCUACAGAGUAUAUUAUAACCAAUCGUAGCCGACAUGUGCAUAAUAAAAUAAAAAACAUGCCAUCUAGAAAGUACAUUUUCUCAUGGCGGGGACUGUAGUUGUUAAGUGGGUGUCAAACGAAUACGCCUAUUGUCAGUAAAAAAUCACGAUGAGGUAAACAGACGAUGGUGUAACUUCAAGAAAUAUGUAGUUACGCAUUUGUAAACAAAUUCUGUUUUACUCAUAUACAUGAAUCAACAAGAGGAACGUCGUUUUUCUUUGGAAAAAUAUAUUCAAUCAAUUGGGCAAAAUGCAGUGGUUAAUAAUUCAGGGAUGUUAAAUGGAUUUCUAUUGAAUGCUCAACAAGAAACUGUAGGAGGACCAUGUGAUGAUGAAAUAAUGGAUAUUUUUCUCAUGAAUGGCAGCAAGAUAAUAGUAAAUGUUUCUACAGGAGAUCACUCUAGCAAUGUUUUAAGGAAAGUGUGCAAACACCUUAAACUACCAGACCAGUAUCAUUUUUAUUUUGCAUUAUAUAUUGUUGCUCAAGAUGAAGAUAAUAGUAUUUACUUGUUGAGAAAAUUACAAGAUUUUGAAUCCCCCUUUAUAACAAAUAAACACAUGCGUGUUAUAGGAAGCAGAGUUGUACUUGGAAGAAAUUACUGGGAUGUGGGAUAUGAUCUUAAAUUAAUGAGUAAUGCAGUAGCAUUGAAUUUGUUAUACAUUCAAGCAGUUGCAGAAGUUCGAAGAGGAUGGAUUCUUGUUACAGAUGAAUUAAAAAAUCAGUUGACUACAUUACAAAAUUAUGAAAAAAGAAGAGAAUACUUGGAUAUAGUACGUAGUUCUAAAUACUAUGGCUAUAUUCAAUUUGCUCCAUGCCUUUGUGACUAUCCUCGUCCAGAUUCAAAAGUAUUAGUUGCCAUAGGUAGGAAUGAAUUAAAUUUGCGUAUAUUAUCUGAUGAAGGAAAACUUGAAAAAGUGUUUAAAGUCUCACGAAUGCGUUGUUGGCGUAUAACUACAUUACAAAAUGGAGCUGAAAGAAGUGAAGAAAAUGACGAUUUUAGUCUCGAAUUAUCCUUUGAAUAUUUAAUAGCUGAAAACGACCUGCAAUGGAUUACAAUUAUUUCGGAACAAGCUAUCUUAAUGUCUGUAUGUUUGCAAGCUAUGAUCGAUGAAUUAUUAUCGAGAAACGAUGGCGGCAUUAAAACCCAGGAAAUCACCCCAAAAUCUUGGACAUAUAUUAUGAGAGACGGACAAAGCGUUAUUAUGGGAGCAAGCUCUGAUGAAACUGAUGAAAGUAAAAGAAAUCGUUGCAUCAAACAACCAUCGAAGUCAGAAUCAAUUAUGAAAAAGCUUGCUGAUAAAUUAUCUCCGGUGAAAAUAAAAAAAUCUAAUGAUGGUAAAAGUAACAAACUUCAGGGAAAAUAUGUAUUGGACCAUGAUGUUAUGGAAAACAAUGCAUUUCGUAUGAUCGGCGAUGAUGAUUUAUAAAUGUACAGAAUAAUUUCAAAUAUUUUGAAAACGUUUUAAAACAAAGUAUAUUUUUUCUAAGCUACAA